AUGGACCUCAAAGUGAGCCCGGCAGCCGAGGACACACCAGAAGCAAAAGCACCGCUGCUGGACCUCGAAGCCGUCGAGCGACGGGUUCGGACCCUCGAGACCGACGCCCGGACGCCCGAUGAGCCGACGCUGCACCAUCUCGCGACGCGCGAGCCCACCAGUUUUCACCAGACCACAAUAUACUACGGGUUGCAACGCGAGGACACGCCGCCGUGGCGCAAGUACGGGCUCCUGGCCACUAGUAUCGGAAUCGUGUUUCUGCAGUGCUUCGUCGCUGUUGGACUUGCCCACGGGGUCACCUUUAGCACGUGCAGCGAGCAUUCCGAUUGCUCACGCGGCACGUUCUGCGAGGGGGGCAUGUGUGAAUGGUGCUAUGGGCCACUCAGACCAUGCUGUCAAACCAACUCGACAGACACCUGCGUGCUGGACGAAAAGCAAACAACAGAAGAAGGAGGAUUUAGCGAUGAAUUGAGAGAAGAGAAGAAUAGGGAAGCUAUGUGCGCCGCGUGCACGACCAGCAAAGGAUUCGAGACUCUGCAGGACGUUGUGAAGGACCGGAUGGAAUCCAUGAUGCUUCAGGACUGGCUGACGCUCUUCUUGGCAUCGUUAGUCGUCGCCUGUGCAUAAAUCAACCAGUGAGCGUCGAUGGCCGAUGCGACGAUUCAGCACGAACGCGCCUGAAAUUUUGAUUUAUGCACAGGUCGUCGCGUUCGCCGUGUUCGCAGAGAUACGGGAUUGUAUGCUGUGCGAGAUCGCCUUGCGAGAAAUAUCAAAGCGGCGGGAAGUCCCACGAGGCUGGCGAUAUGCCAUAAAUGGCCUUAAUUAUGCCAGGUAUAUCUGUCUGCUUCCAAAUAUAAUUUACUCAGUCAUGGCACUUGUAUAUGAGGACGGCGGGCGAGUGAAAUACUUGUGUCUCAAUACCGUUGCAGUACUCUUUUUGUUAGAGGUGGAUAACCUGGCGUUUCUGCACGGUCUCGGCGAGCGCACCCGCAUGGAAGCAGAGCAACAUGCUCAUUCGGGGGCACGCGUCACGGAAGAUGACCUGCAGCUCAUGGGCGUGGUAAAGCUCGUGUGCGUGAUCCUCAUCCCCUGCACCGUUCUCGUCGGCGUCUGUGGCCAUAGCUGGGUUCCGGACGAGCCCGACACUUUUAUUAUUGCGUUUUUUCCUUUACCGUCUAUUGCCGUGCUGUUCGUGCAGCGUGUGAUGGCGAGUAGACGCAAGCUCAAGGGGGCCUGCAGCGGGCUCGGCUGGGCAAUUCUCAACUACUCUAUGUAUGGCGUAUGGGGGGGUUGUUUUUACGCGGUGACGUACAUGCAAGCCCAGGGACCAGAGGUCGUUCUUAGUUGGGGACCAUUGCCAUAUGCGCUCGCGGCGAUGCUUGCACUGACGCUCGUCAUAUCGAUUCUCACGGAUUUCCCACCCUCGCCGUCGACUGCGUCUUCGGGAUUGUCAUGACGCGCGCGUUUCAUCCGCGG